UAACAUUAGUCCAUCGGUUCUUGUCGGAGACCGAAGCUGGGGAUUUUCCCGGGAAAUUUGUAUGCCUGGGCUAGCGAUCCACCUUGUGGUCGUUUUGUUAACAUUGGCUUAGUGCGAGAAUAUUUCCGACAUCCUAGGCGCUCUGGGGAGGAGAAAAAAGGCAUUGACCUUUUACUCAGCAUCCAUCAUUUCUCUUUACGAGGAAUUGGCCCUAUCUCUGGUAAGCAAGCAAUCCAUAUUCGGGAUUCAAUGCUAACCAGUUCAGAUUUUCCUAAUCCGGCCGUAUGAGCUUCUGGUUCCCGAUUCCUGGCAUCGUUUGUACUUCGACAGAUGGGAAGGGAUGGAUAGGUCGCCCUCAGUUCUGGAGCGCUUCCUCUAUCAGGAAUGUUUGGCCAAAGUUUGUCUGAGCUUCUGUGAGAUGGUUAUAAACAUAGAGAGAGGGUGUGGCCAAGGGGUCGCUUUAGGCCCGCGAAGCGUCACCUUAAUCAUUGUAUGUCUUAUCAACAUGGGGACCUUUUUCCCUAGGCCACAGGGAUAUGCGAAUUUGUGGCAGAAGUCUCAAGAGGUUUGCUCUUCCGCUUAAUAUCAACUUGGACGUUGUGGUAUGCUUAUUCCCAGAUUAGGUUUUCGGCUGCGGCAGGUUGAAUGCUCGAGGUUUCCGGGGGGUGCGGGAAGAUAAACUCAUUGGGCUUUUAGCAAAGGUUUUCCGAGAAGAUGGAAGGAGAGACCCAAUCCGUCUUGUGUGGGGCAACAAAGGACUGGCCAACCUUUUCUCCGGAAUUCCACUGACGGAAAACGGUAUCUCGCUAGUAAACAGUAACCCUAUAGAAGAGAAAAAAAGACAUCUAUGGAGAAUCAGCGAGGACCAAACCACGAGGCAGCUCAACGCGGCACAUAUUUUGACCGCUUUUUGGAAACUGAAUGGACGGAGAUUUCUGGAGAAGGUGAAAAAACCUGGGGCCGAAGGGGUCUGUAAUACCGGUACCCCGACACCCACCAGCAGGCAACAAACUUCGCCCGGCGGUAAAAAAAUAUCCUCAGAACUGUUUUUCUUUAUAAGUAGAUGCCGGAGAGGAUAAAACUUGGAUGUAUGGACGGCAGAUCUUUGUUAUUCUGCUUUUCCCCUUCCAAACCUUGUGGGGCUGUUAGGUUAGCAAUAAGGAAAAGAGCUUUAUUC